AUGCCCAUCCCGACCGCAGAAAUCUACGAUAAGGAGCAACAACAAACCGCCGAAAAUCAAGCCUCAUCCAACACCUUGUCCUCCGAAAAUAAUGGCAGCAAUGGCCAGCAUGACGUAUCUAGCUCUUCAGCUGCGGGCAGUGUCGAGGGCGAGCGUGUGCUGAGCAGGGAGGAGGCGGACCGGUUAUAUGAGGAGCGUAUGGAAGACGAAUAUGCGAAGAGGGAGGGAGGUGCUUGA